GAGAGCAAAGUGAGGAAGAGCGGAAUACGGCAGCAUCUCUUCUUCUUACCGGAGGAAACACAACGAAUCAUUAUCACAGCUAUAGAGCUACGGAGCAGUUACAUCUAAUUUGCGCGCUACCCAAUUCCCUGGAUACCUUCUGGGCCACCCAAGGGGACUAAACCGAAUAAAAGGAGGAAAACGUUAGGAAAACGUUAUUACCGAUCGGUACGCACGAGGAGCCCAUAUAUAUAUAUAUAUAUACGGAUCUCACAGCAACACGAGGACUGACGAGGCCACCCACCCCACCUGGAUAACAAACCGCUUAACGUACAACGGAGAGCUUUCGGUAAGGCUAGUAAAGAGAGCGGAGAAGACAGGAUGAUUCCCAAGCAUCACUUGGUUCUGACACUGUGCGCAGUCUACGGGAUCCUGCUAAAAGUGACGGCACAGAGAAGCAAAUUGAGAGGGUCGUCCGGGCAACAGCCCCUGGUCCAGAAUCAGACGGUGACAGAAGGCGGGACGGCCAACAUGACCUGCAGAGUAGAAUUCAACGACCAGACCUCCCUGCAGUGGUCCAACCCCACACAACAGACACUCUUCUUCGGCGACAAGAAAGCUCUGAGAGAUAACCGCAUAGAGCUGGUGAGGGCGUCGUGGUCCGAGCUGACCAUCAGUAUCAACGAGAUCACACUGGCUGACGAAGGGAUGUACACCUGUUCUCUGUUCACCAUGCCUGUCAAGACCGCCAAGGCCUACCUUACUGUACUGGGAGUGCCAGAGAAGCCAGAGAUAGACGGUUUGACCAAGCCUGCCCUGGAGGGAGAUGAGAUCACUCUGACCUGCAUGACCCACGGCUCCAAGCCUGCUGCCGACCUCCGCUGGUUCAGGAACGAGAAGGAGAUCAAAGGUGCCAAGGAGGUGAAUGCCAGUGGGAAGACCUUCACGGUGACCAGUUCUCUACAGCUGCUCGUUGACAGGGACGAUGACGGUGCAGCGUACACCUGUAAAGUAGACCACGCAGCCCUGUUACAGACACCGCAGCAGGCUACUGAAGUACUGGAGGUGCACUAUGCUCCCCGUGUGUUGAUCACAAGGUCAUUGGCGUUCCCCCAGGAGGGUCAGUACCUGAGGCUGGAGUGUGUAUCCAAGGGAAACCCGUCGCCAGACCCUGUGUUGUGGACUAAGGAUGGAGGAGAGCUACCAGACCUCGACAGAAUGAUCGUACAGGGAAGAGAGCUCACCUUUUCCGCCCUUAACAAGACGGACAAUGGCACCUACCGCUGUGUGGCCUCCAACCACCUAGGCACCAGCAGUGCGGAAUACAUACUCUACGUCUACGACGUCCCCACCACCUUCCCUCCAUCCACCACCCUUGCCCACCGUCCCCCUAGACCCCACAUCGCCUCCUCAGACCCUACAAACAUCAACAACAGAGAUCCCAACGCCAUGGGGCAGCGCGGACCAGACCAUGCUCUGAUUGGUGGAGUGGUGGCGGUGGUGGUCUUCGUUACCUUGUGUCUAAUCAUCUUUUUGGGCCGCUACCUGGCCAGGCAUAAAGGAACGUACUUGACCAACGAGGCCAAAGGAGCGGACGACGCCCCGGAUGCCGAUACAGCUAUCAUCAACGCAGAGGGCAACACACAUGCUGAGGAGAAGAAGGAGUACUUUAUCUAGACUGUAGAGGGCGCUCUAAUCUGCUGCCCCCAAACAUGCUGAGGAGAAGAAGGAGUACUUUAUCUAGACUGAUCUGCUGCCUCCUCUUUCUCUCUCUCUCUCUCUCUCUCUCUCUUUCUCUCUCUCUCUCUCUCUCUCUCUCUCUCUCU